AUGUGUAAGAGCUCUGGAGAUAGAGAUAAAGCCAGUGGAAGAGCUAAAGUGUGUCUAGCUUCUAAGAGAGUACUGAGACCAAAGAUAGACAGUGCAAUAGUCGAGACGUCUGAGAGUACAAACGAUCGCACAUAUCACCGUGCAGUAUCAGACAAUGAGGGUGGAGUAACGUCAGAAAAUCAAACGACGGGAUUUCCAGCAUCAGUAGCAGUAGCAGGAUCAGUACCGGGAGCGUUGACGCCAAAUCACCGGCAGGCUUCGCCAUUUCCCAUGGAAAGCACAAAUUCCCGGCGACAUCAUUACAACAACAGCGUGUCGUCGGAUCGAUCGCGAAACGUCGCCAACGGGGAGGUGAUUUACGCGGCGCCCAGCAAGAAAACGAGCUCAGGAUCAGGAUCAGUAGCUGGGGGCGGAAAUGCGAGCACUGGGAGCGUCAGCGGGGGAACUUUGGGCAGACGGUCACGUCGUGGCCAGCAUAACAGCGCUUUGAGCUCCAGCUCAACCGCCAGCGACCGCUCCGAGAUAAUUUACAACGAGGAGCACUCUCACAUCCAUCUCAAUAAUGUUUCCAGUGAGUUUUCGGAUGCAUACCAGCCACUGGCUCGGGAUGCGAAUCCAGACAUUGCAGGAGCUCAUUCGCCGUACAACACAUCCCAACACAACACACUACCGGAGAAAACUAGCUCAACUCCAGUGGCCAGGUUUGUCAGUGUAGAAUAA